AUGGACCUGUGUUUGAAAUUACUCCUUAGCGAGCCUGCCAAGAAUUUGGUCCUUUCGCCUGUCAAUGUUGAGCACGCAUUUGCCAUUCUAGCGAGAGCUGCUGAUGGACAAACAAGAGAAGAAAUUCUUAAAAUGGUGUCUCAAGAAGAACCUGGCAAAACGGAAGCGCGCGUCAGAGCCCUAGAAUCUCUUCCUGUCGUCCAAAUAGGCGCAAAAUUAUUCAGCUGCUUCAAAACAGACUUCAGCGCCUCCCAUGAAUACGUUGAUUUUACCGAGAGUCAAGACGCUGCGGAUAAAAUAAACUCCUGGGUUUCGAAGUCAACGAACGAUGUCAUCAACGAGAAAGGAAAACUCCGAGUGAAGGACUCAUGGAAAAAAAAAUUUUCAGUUUUUAGAACAAAUUAUGGGCUCUUCGGCGAAGGAAAGCACGGAGUUCGAUACAUGGAAGAAACAUUCGAAGAGAUCAUGUACACCAGAACCAGCGAAUUCCAAGCCAUUUCAUUGCCCUACUUGACUGAAGGGCUGGAAAUGACGGUUGUAAUGCCAAAGCCGCAAAAUCUCAAAGGGAUUUCCAGCAAAUCUCCGCUUUUCGUUUUCGAAACGGUUUCCUUGACCGCGUCAAAGCUCAAGGACAUUUUCGGUGGUUUACGAAAAGCGAAGGUGAACUUUCGAAUGCCAAAGUUCGAGAUAGACACAAACUUGGAUCUGAAAGAGAUCUUCGAAAAACUCGGCUUUGGGCAUGUGUUUUCGGAGGCAUUGGACAACUACAGUUGUGGCCAUUUGACGAAGAAAUCUGUGUACCUAUCGAAGGCGAAACACAGGGCAAAAAUUGUCGUCAAUGAGAAAGGAACUGUAGCUGCAGCGGUAUCAUUCGGUGGAUGUGAAGGGUGUGGCCGUUACGAGCUGCCUCCAGAAGAGUUCAUCUGCGAUCGUCCCUUCCUCUAUUUCAUUCGAAAAGAAGACGAAAUUAUCUUUGCCGGGCGAGUUGUCAAGCCCGAAACGCAAGCUGUCGAAUGUGACUUCGAAGCAAGCCUUGAAGAUGAGCUGAAGGAAUUACUCGAAUUACAGAAAAACGGCAGACUGUACUUAGAAGACUAG